CUCUCUAAACAUAAGCAGGCUAUGCAGAGCCAUCUCAGUACAGCGUUGGUAAACAAUUCAAGGUCUCUUAUCACAUGGAAAGACGUACAUUAUAAAGCGAACCAAGCUAGAACCAAGACCAAAUCUGGAGCGUAGCUGGUGAUGAAAGAGACUGUCCACCGCAGACCCGGGAAACACUUCUGAUGGAAAAGCAACCUGCAGACAGAGCCCAGAAAGCACCCAGCUUCAAACAAAUGGAAUUGGAAGAUAUCACCAGCAAAAUUUCGAAACUCGAUAAGUGGAGAGCAAUAUUCAGUUCCCAAGGGUUGGAGAACAACAGACCGGUUAGAAAGACUAUUCAAGAUACCUAUAAAGAAGGUGAAGAAAAUGAAGAAAAACCUAAGACCUCAAGAAGCAAGAAGCAUGGCACUUUUCCUGGCAGUGUGUUAUAUUCUAUCCCAAGAGAGCUAAUAAUCUCUUCAGACCUUGGUGGCCAGCCUAUUACAAUUGAAAUGGCAAUGGAGCUGAGAAAAAUUUUGUUUGGAAACACAUUUCAAACAUUUAACUAUGAAUGGAAAAAAUCUUUUUUCAAAUUCAGAGAAGCCUUUUCAAACCUGGCAUAUUCAUUGGAAGCAGAAAAGGGUGGAACAAGAGCCAUUCAGAUGGUGGUGCAAUCACACAUCAUUAAGCACUUGCUGUUUACAAAGGAUGGCCAAGAACACAGCUCCUUCAAGAGUUUAUCUGAAAUAAGCCAUAAACAACAAGAAAGGGCCCUAGCAGCAUCUCUUGCUGAUAUUAUUUGGACUACAGGAGCCAUGAAAAAAGCUAUAGUCUGCCUCAUCACUAAUGAAUCUUAUUUCUCAGAAAGUCCAAACUACAAAACUGAUAAUUUUACUGAAAAGCUUCAUUUAUUUGAAUUUGUGGAAAAAGACAAGAUGGAGGAAUUCCUUUGUGCACACAUACAUUGUUUCAAAGAUGAAGGAAGUCAUGGAGUAAUAUUAUUUCUGUACAGUGUGCUUUUCUCCCGAAAAAUUUUAAGGGUUCACCAUGAUUUAGACCACACAACAGCUCAUCUCUUGCAUUUUUGUCUGGGGAAUUACACAGUCAGACAGGCUGUGUUGAACCUGAUUUUAACGGGGAGAGCAAGCCCUCAUGUUUUUAAUGGGGACCAAAUCCUGGAAGAACAGAAGCUGGAGCAGGAACUUCAUGGAGUCCUAACACGCAGUGAUGUAGGCUACUUACACUGGAGCAGGGAUGAAAUGGAACAGCACAAACUUCCCCAGGUGGGAAGCAUGCUGAAGACUCCAAAAUAUCCUAUUUGGCUGUGUAACAUAAAUGGAAUGUAUAGUGUCCUCUUUGGGACAAACACAUCUCUCUUAUGUGACUGGAAAAUGGAACAUAUAUUUGACCUUUAUUUCUACAGUGGGCAACUAUCUCAGACCAAAACUGUGCAUUUGACAGUUGACACCCACUCACACCUAUGGGAAGGACGCUUUAAAGCAGAAGAGGGUGACCAUGAAAAGAAAUUUCCCUCUCUAGAGAUGACUGUCAGAACUAAAUGGGAAGGAGCGGCUAUUAACUGGAAUGGGACUGUACCAUUUUUCUAAAGACAACUUGAAAGUGAAGAGCUCCCAAAUGUGACAAUUAAUUUGCUGAAUAUAUGAUGAAAGUCAGCUAAUCAUUAAAGUCAUUCUGCAUAAUGCCAAUCAGUUGAAACGUUAAAUGUAUGUGUUAUCAUGCAUUUUGAGGUAUACUUAUAACUAUCCAAGAAUAUUUACUACAAAACUGAAUUAACACGAAAACUGGAUGCAUGAUGCAAUGCAUUUUUGUAUGUUUUAUUAAAACAACCAGCCAGUAGUGUAGCUGGGCCCUUUAAUAUUA